CCCAUGGUGUCCGCUGCGGUUCGCUUUGGGGAUGGCAGAAUGCUAGGGAUGCUCUUAGUCCUGCUCUGUGUCUCUCACUCUUCUGCCAGUUGUGGCAUUCAGAAAACCAACGUUAUGGAAAUUUCUGAGGAAGGUUUGGUCAACGACAAGGAAUUCCCAUGGGUGGUGUCGCUGCAGGAUUCCCAGUACACCCACCUGGCUUUUGGCAGCAUCCUUAGUGAGUUCUGGAUCAUCAGCAUCGCAUCCGUCUUGCAGAACAGGAAGGACGUCAUUGUUAUAGUUGGCAUAGCUAAGAUGGAUGCCAAAGUGAUUGCUCAUGAAGAGUAUCCAGUCAACACCAUCAUCAUCCAUGAGGAUUUUGAUAAUAAAACCAUGACAAAUAACAUAGCCCUCCUGAGGACAGACACGGCGAUAGGGUUCAACAACCUGAUCCAGCCCAUCUGCUUCCUCGACAGAAAGCUGAACAUGCCCCCAGCCUUGCGGAACUGCUGGGUGGCAGGAUGGAAUCCCACAUCUGCAACAGGAAAUCACAUGACGAUGAGUAUCCUGAGGAAAAUCUCCGUGAAAGACAUCGACCUGUGUCCCUUACACAAAAUCGAGAAAACAGGAUGUGGCAAUCACAUAGAGCAGGAAACCGAUGCUGUCUGCUUGGGGGACCCAGGAAACCCGAUGAUGUGCCAGCUACAGCAACUGAAUAUGUGGGUGCUGAGAGGAAUCUUGUCCCAUGGUGGUGAGAAUUGCCCUGGCCUAUUUCUAUACAUCAAGGUGGAAGACUAUAGCGACUGGAUUAUGUCCAAGACUAAGAAAACCAGCCGUCCUCUGUCUUCCUUCCACCACUGGGAGGAACCAUUUCCUUUCUCCAGCUACUCAUCACAUAUCAUCGUGACACCGAAGAAACAUUCUGGGCUGGGCCAGAGUGAAUGGUCCCAAGCAGACGUGCAAGAAGAAAAUAAGGUCACCUUAUAUACAUUCCCAACAAACAGCUCUACAGAGAGUCCAGACCUUGAGGAGAAAGAGUUAGGGGAAUUAGGCAAGUCUUCUGCUGUGGCCGUAGAUCCCACUUACUAUGACUAUUAUGGGGAGGCUGGUAAGGGUAGUGGGCCUCUUUCAGGUCAGAACAGGUUACAUCAGCCCCAAGAAAUUAUCUUGUUUUCCUUUGUGCUCGUUUUCUUUUGCAAUGAUAUCUAGUCUAGGAGCUAACCCUCCCAACUGAAGA